AUGGACAAGGAUGACGGGAAAGAUGACACCCAGGAAGAUUUCUGGAUGAUGGUCAUCGGACAGCGCGUGGGGGCGAUUUGGCAGCUGUGCGGCUUCGUGGAAACGGGAAAGCACAAGUGCGCCAAGUACUGGACCGAUGGCAAGCGGAUCGGCAACUACACGAUCAAAAUAGUGGAAGAGUAUGACCUGCAAUGGCAGUGGUGCAACUCGAAGGCCGUGGUUCGCGUCUCGCGCAUCCAUAUCAUGAGGGGUACCAAGCUGGUGCACGAGGUGACGCACUACUACUGGAUAGACUGGGAGGAUCGCGGUGUGCCAUGCCCCGAUCUGGGAAUCGUCGAGCUGAUGGAGAUCAUCCUAGCUGCAACCAAGGGGCCGAUCGUCAUCCAUUGUUCGGCUGGGGUUGGGCGCACCGGGGUGGUCGUCCUUGUCCAGUACAUCAUCGAUGCCCUCAAACUGGGAAAGUGGAUCGACAACGUGCUCGAGCUGGUCAAGGAGUUGCGCCGGCAGCGGGCCAGAUUCGUGCAGACGCCCGAGCAGUACCUCUUCGUGCACGUCGUCCUUCUCCUGCUCUAUCGCCGGAUGGGAUUGCUGGACGAGACGUUCGAUGAUCAGAUCCGUGAAUUUAUUGCCGCCUGCCAGCUGCUGCCGGAGCUGAAACCCGUCAAGAAAAAC